AUCAUUUGUAUGAAUAAUGCAAGGUAAACUUUUAUUUUGACAAAAAUAAGGAGGUGAGUUGAUUCAGAGCUUAUCAGGUACAGUCUUAAAAUAAGUGAUUUAUUCCUGCAUUGAAAACUAAAAUACAAAGACAUCUGGUGGAUGUCAAAAAUUUAUGACUAAAAUCUAUUUUUACCUGACCUCCAAGGUUGAUAUCACAUUUAAUAUUAAGGUGUUUUUUAUUCUAUACUAAAAGUGAUUAUUUUAUGCCAUCUCUGCUGAAAAUUUUUUUAAAAAAUUAUUUAAGUGUUUAAGUAUGGUCAGAUUUUAAGUAUCUAACAUUCUCCAGUAGUUCCCCCUCCCUUGCCUAUUCCUCUCCACCCCAGUCUCUUUCUAGUAGGAUUCCUAUUGCUGGCUACCCAGUCAUUACCAUUCUAACCAUUUAAGGUAGCUCUGCUUGGUUUAUUUAUUCUGAGUACUGCAAUUCAGUUUCCCUUUAUCCUGGCUUUCUAUGGCAAGUUGACAAACCAAUUUAUUUUUCUCCCUUUUAUUUCAACAACUCAUAAUUUAGAUUGGUUAGUAGGAUAUAAUGUAAUCAGGACACAACCUUUUCCCCUCAGAAUCUGUAUUUGUGAGACUUCCUCCUUUCCCGGCUGAACGUGCUGAAGUCAGACCGAGUACCUUGUGAAGGACUUCAGCCCCCACAGUUCCCUGUGUGCGCAUGCCCUCUCAUCUUACAGUUGUCAAAGUGCUUUUGCCAGAGCGGUCACAUAAUCAACCUGAAAGAAGAAAAUAAAUACUGUAUACUUUUAAAUUUUAUCGAUUCUUAAAAACUGGACACUCAAAGCUGCGCAAACCAUGCAGGAUGAUUUACUGAUGGACAAAAGCAAAACCCAGCCCCAGCCCCAGCAGCAGCAGCGGCAGCAGCAGCAGCAGCAGCAGCAGCCCCAACCUGAGUCCAGCGUAUCCGAAACCCCGUCCACGCCCCACUCCUCAGAGACCCCCAAGCCGGAGGAAAACAGCGCAGUGCAGGCCCUCAGCCCAGCCGCUGCCCCGCCGGCCCCCAACGGCUCGGACAAGAUGCAGAUGGAAUCACCGCUCCUGCCAGGCUUGAGUUUCCAUCAGCCCCCUCAGCAGCCGCCGCCGCCUCAGGAGCCUGCGGCGCCGGGCGCGUCGCUGUCGCCGUCCUUCGGCAGCACCUGGUCCACGGGCACCACGAACGCGGUAGAGGACAGCUUCUUCCAGGGGAUCACCCCAGUCAACGGGACCAUGCUCUUCCAGAACUUCCCGCACCAUGUCAACCCAGUCUUCGGAGGCACUUUCUCCCCGCAGAUCGGCCUGGCGCAGACCCAGCACCACCAGCAGCCGCCGCCGCCUGCGCCCGCGCCGCAGCCGGCACAGCCGGCGCAGCCCCCGCAGGCGCAGCCCCCGCAGCAGCGCCGCUCGCCCGCCAGCCCCAGCCAGGCGCCCUACGCGCAGAGGAGCGCCGCCGCGGCGUACGGCCACCAGCCCAUCAUGACCAGCAAGCCGUCCUCGUCUUCGGCGGUUGCAGCCGCUGCUGCCGCAGCCGCCGCCUCGUCGGCCUCGUCCAGCUGGAACACGCACCAAAGCGUGAAUGCAGCCUGGAGCGCACCGUCCAACCCCUGGGGCGGCCUGCAGGCGGGCCGGGACCCUCGCCGGGCGGUCGGUGUGGGCGUGGGUGUGGGUGUCGGGGUGCCUUCCCCGCUCAACCCCAUCUCGCCACUCAAAAAACCCUUCUCCAGCAACGUGAUCGCGCCGCCCAAGUUCCCUCGCGCGGCCCCGCUUACUUCUAAGUCCUGGAUGGAGGAUAACGCUUUCCGGACCGAUAAUGGUAACAAUCUGUUGCCAUUUCAGGACCGGAGUAGGCCCUAUGAUACUUUUAACUUGCACUCGUUGGAGAACUCCUUAAUGGAUAUGAUAAGGACUGAUCAUGAGCCUCUGAAAGGUAAACACUACCCUCCCAGUGGCCCACCAAUGAGUUUCGCUGAUAUAAUGUGGAGGAAUCAUUUUGCAGGACGCAUGGGAAUAAAUUUCCAUCAUCCAGGAACAGAUAAUAUUAUGGCACUUAACACCAGGAGCUAUGGGCGGAGACGAGGUCGAUCUUCUCUCUUUCCCUUUGAAGAUGCCUUCCUGGACGACAGCCACGGCGAUCAGGCCUUGUCAUCUGGCUUAAGUUCUCCCACUCGCUGUCAAAAUGGGGAACGAGUAGAACGCUACUCUAGAAAGGUGUUUGUUGGAGGCCUUCCUCCUGAUAUUGAUGAAGAUGAGAUCACUGCCAGCUUUCGCAGGUUUGGACCUCUCGUGGUAGACUGGCCUCACAAAGCUGAAAGCAAGUCGUAUUUUCCUCCUAAAGGCUAUGCCUUUCUGCUGUUCCAGGAGGAAAGCUCAGUACAAGCUUUGAUAGAUGCCUGCCUGGAAGAAGAUGGGAAACUGUACCUGUGUGUGUCAAGCCCCACCAUCAAGGAUAAGCCAGUGCAAAUUCGACCAUGGAACCUAAGUGACAGUGACUUUGUAAUGGAUGGUUCUCAGCCUUUGGACCCCAGAAAAACUAUCUUUGUUGGGGGAGUUCCACGACCCCUUCGAGCUGUUGAACUGGCAAUGAUCAUGGACCGUUUGUACGGUGGUGUCUGCUAUGCUGGCAUUGAUACGGACCCAGAGCUGAAGUACCCCAAAGGUGCUGGCCGUGUGGCAUUCUCCAAUCAGCAGAGUUACAUUGCAGCCAUCAGUGCUCGUUUUGUGCAGCUUCAGCACAAUGACAUUGACAAACGGGUUGAAGUAAAGCCAUAUGUGCUGGAUGAUCAGAUGUGUGAUGAGUGCCAGGGCACACGCUGUGGUGGGAAGUUUGCCCCGUUCUUCUGUGCCAACGUCACCUGUCUGCAGUAUUACUGUGAAUACUGCUGGGCGAGCAUACAUUCCCGAGCCGGGCGGGAGUUCCACAAACCGCUGGUGAAGGAGGGAGGCGACCGCCCUCGUCACGUCCCGUUCCGCUGGAGCUGAGCCACGGCCGACCCAGCCACAGUACUGGAGUAGAUAACAAGGAGGGGAGAGAGAGGGCACUGCCUCAGGGCUUACAGUGUUCUGGAAAUCUGUGCAUUCAUUCUUGAUUUUUAAAGAAGAAUUGGGUCUUUUUAUUAUUAUUAAUUAUUAUUAUUAUUAUUAUUUACAGUCAUAUUACUGAACUCAGUGUCCAGUAUAAUGCAGAAUUGCAGAGUGUAGAAUGGUACUGAUUUGCACUUUGAUUCACACCUUUGUCUGCUUGGUACCUUAAUUUUUUAUACCUGAUUUGUCACUCGUGACAGUAUGUAGGCUGCCAUUCUCAUUAGCGGCCGUCAGGCUACUGUCUGUGAUUCUUUUGUUUGUUGCUGUGGUGGUGUUGUUCUGAUUGUUUUGAACUGGAGCAUGCACUUAUUUUCAGAAACUUAGAGAGUUGCCCCUAGAACAAGACUUACCAAAGGUAAUACUCGUGAGUAGGUGGCAGAUGUAGCAAAAACUUCACAACAAUUCAGCAAUCAUUAGUUCGGGUCACUUAGAGUAAGGAUAACCCUUCAUGAAAAUAAGCCUUUAGUUGCUCUCUAUUUUGACUUGUAAGGAUACCUCAUAAGCUGGAUCUUUUAUUUUUCCUUCAUGUUUGAUUUUUGUUUUGCCGAGGAUUUUGGUUAGAUCUUUUAGUAUUAUGUAAAUUUAUGCUGCAAUAGCUUUUGCUGCUAUUAAAAUGGUAUUAUUAAUACCAUAAUACUCUAUUCAGGCUAAGAUAUCAAUUAAAAACAAAAACCCAACAACACACUUUUGAGAUUUUAGGGAUAGAGUCAGCUGCCGAAAGGAGAUCAGAAUAGACUUCAGAAAGCUUCAGUGGAAGGUCACUAUUUCUGACUGCAUGUUUACUUAAUCAGGUUGCUGCAUGCAAUAAAUUUUAUAUCCAAUGUCUAGUAUAAAACGUUCCCACAAUGCACAAAUUAAGAAUCUAU